GCGCGCACGGGACAAGCCCAUAAGGCGAAGCCUAGACGGCUACGCCUACAAUCAUAGAACUAGAGUUAUAAUAACAUAACUAUCGUUUCGGCGCCCCCUCCUACGUAGGAAGGGGGCACAGUUUAAUAUUACCUCCCACUUCCCCACUCCCCUCCAAUCAGAGCAUAGCUACGAUUUUUGGACCAGCAGAUGAGCAGCUCCGGUGGGGGGAACUCGGCGGCAGCUCAGCUCCGGGAGUACAAUCCCUUUUUCUACCGGCAGCACUGCUGGAGCUUCGGCGUUAGUCCGGAGGAGGAGACAUGGAGAAGAAAGGGAUUGUACUCCCAGAGCUGAGCUGUCUGACUGCUGCCGAGCUACCCCCACCAGACUUUUCAUCUCCCGGAGGACACCUACCGGAGCAGCAAGAAAGCUUCGGCGGCAGUUCAACUCCCGGAGUACACCGCCAGAGCUGCCGGACUGUAUGGGAGAAAUUAACCAUUACUUUUUAUAUUAACUAUGAGUAUUAUCAGGCCUAUAUAUCAUAUAGAUACAUUAAUAUUGGAAAGCAGCAAAAUCAACUCUGAAUUCAUAGGAGACUCACGGCGCCAGAGAGUCUGGUGCUAAGGCGUACUGACGUCCACCUAAUGUUUAGAUUAACUGGGGAUGAUGACCAUGUAGCCCAUGCUAGUGAGUAAUCCGUCCCCUCACUAUUUAACAAAUAAACCGCUGUAAUCUGUCUCCAGACGGUACAAACAUUAGACCUAGAUGGGAAUGGAUAUCUUCUAUCUACAUUCCCAUAAAAAACACACUUCUGGCCCCCUGCUAUGGAGGACCACAAGUGUCACGGAAAUAGUAAUAAGGAAAUAGACUAAAUUAUAAAGUAAUUCAUUAUUUGAUCUUUUAAUGGGCAAUAAAAGAGGAAUUAAAUUUUUUUAUUUACAAAUUAAAUAUUAAUCCAUCAAUAAGUAGCUCAAAUAAAAAGGGAUUUACAAAAAAAACAUAAAACAGUCAAUAAGUACAUCAUUUAAAAAUACAUUAAUGAAUUCAUAAAUAAAUGAUGCAAUUUAAAAAUCGAUUUGAAAAUGCAGUUUAAAAAGAAAAAUAAAUAACUGGAUUCACAAAUUGAAUUAAGAAUACAGAUUUUAAUCCGGCAUUUAAAUGGGCGAUUUCCUUGGCAUUUGCAUUUCCAUUUCCCCGCUGCUUUUCCUUUUCCUAUUAGCUAUUCGAUUAGCUUAGUCAUUUAGCUUCUCCUAUUAGCCUCUCCAUUUAGCUUUUCCGUGACACUUUGGUCCUUGCGCUGGUAAGACGAGGUAAAGCAAUGCAAAUUAGCCAUGUAACAAGCUCUCUGAUUGGCAGCUGGCAUCUCAUAUGCAGACGUAUGACAUCGAUGUGGGAAGGAGAAGGUGGGGUUUUUUUAAGCACUAGGUGGAACUAAAUGGAAGAAACACGGACUAACACAAUAAAUGCCAUAAUUAAUUUGGCUGACUAUGUCGACAGUAAUGUUCCAGUUGACUAUCACUAUGCUCUAACGAGGUUGCUUCAGCUAAGGGAAAACUUGGAAGCAUCCAGCUGCCAUUUAGAGGACGCUGUUCGGGCCAAGUUUGAUGAGGUGGAGCAUUUAAUUCGCCAAAUUGGUAACAUUUCAGAGAUUCAGAUUUUGGUGUGUCUUUGAAAACUCUGCAUCGCAGGAUUGCCCUGUGGGGAUUAAGGUAAGAAACCUCCAGUUGACUAGCUAGCUAAGGCUAACGACAUCUAGCGCUAACUGUCACCCCAUGCGGGUAGUCCUUCGAUAAUAUAAUUUUCCCUGACCGAGGAAAGAUGGGACAAGCGGUGAUAGCUACCUUUCCUGUUUUGUAGGCUUGGUCACUAGAGUAUGUUUUGUUUGUAUACAACAUGGCAAAUCCUGAGAAAGCAUAUUAAAAUAUAACGUUACAUUCAGCGUCUUAGAGUACCAUAUUAAGCGCUAUAUAAAUUUCAUUUAUUAUUAUUAUUAUUAUUAUUAUUCAAGUCCUGAUAAAUGUUAGGUGUAAUGCUAUGGAAUCUUCAGGGGCUACAUUUCUCAACAGCUGACUGUAUUUUCAUACUUAAUACUUUGAAAAAAUGGUUUCAGCAGAAAUUUAACUAUUGUUUAUUUACUUUAUUAUUUAUUAACUGUGGUUCUAAUAGUGUGCAACUUUCUGUGCACUCAGACGAGAUGACUUGAACAACAGUAUCAGUGACGAGGAGUUGGACGUGAUUGUGUCUGACAUUCAUCGCCAUUACCCCAGCGCUGGCUACAAGAUGAUAUUGGGUCACUUGAGAUCAAGGCAACUUUUUGUCAAAAGGGGACGUGUGCUGGCAUCAUUAAGACGUGUGGAUCCUCAAGGGGUACUGAUGCGCAGGCUGUCACUACGAACCUUACGGCGAAGAUGUUACUCUGUUCCAGCUCCCAACAGCCUUUGGCAUAUUGAUGGCCACCAUAAGCUUAUACGGUAGAACAGUUGCAAUUCUUUCACAACUUCUGUUUAUGGCAGUGAGAUAACUAUAUAGAUCAUGGUGCUUUUUGGUAGGAGGGUGUGAGUGCAUGUGUAGUGUGGACUCUCCAACAACUUGGGAAUCUCAUUUGUUUCUAAAUACUGAAGAGCAACAAGUUCACCAGUAGGCACUAUUUACUAUUUAGGUUCCCUGCCAAUUUGUGCAAUCCUUAAUCCUAUUUGAUUACCUGUGUAAUCUGCAUUGUCUCAAACACCACUGGCCCAACAAUGACAAAACAUUGGUCCCAUAAUCAACAAUAAGGCAUGGCAUGUUUAUUUGUCUCACAGAAUUCAUACACAGUGGGUGCACAGUGAGUUUUACGAGACCUUGAUCUGAUCAAAUUUUUCAGAAAUCGUAAUGUGCUUCUUAAUUGACCUGAUCUGUUGCUUGCAAAAAAAUCCUGAAUCAAUUGUUAUGCUACGGCUUGGUAUUUAGUUUUAAGAGCCAGUGAGUCAAGGCGAGCAGUUAGCUUUCUUGUUUGCACCAGAUGCUAUUUCAUUCACAUUGUCUUUAUCUGAAGGUUGUUCUGCAUCCUUAUUAUCUAAAGGGGUUCUGCAUCAUUCCUGGGAGAUGACAUUUUCUGCAAUUUCAUUGUUCAGUUAUGGUCUUAAUCUAAAUCUUGUUUUCACAUUGUGUGUGUUUCAAUGCUACCUCUGCCAGCAAGUGGUUUAAAAGGACCUUCUUUUUCAUAUUUGUAGAUGGCGAAUGGUUGUGCAUGGUGGUAUUGAUGGGUUUUCACGGCUCAUCCUUUACCUGAUGUGGUAGAAAUUAAGGAGUAUAUUCUAUGGUAAACCAUGAUUAUUAUGAGGUCUGUAUAUCUAAUAGUGGAAAGACACAUGAUACCUACAGAGCCUGGAUUCAGAACAGAUGGUGGGACACAUGAGCAGGUUGACCUCAGCCUUCAGCCCUAUGAUUAUUUUGACUACAGAGUUAAUGCAUGCUGGCCUCAGACUGGUGUCCAAAAUCACUUUUGUUGAUAAUAUUCUGAGACUGAUGAUUGACGUGGGCGGAAACCCCCAUUGGGACAAAGAAAUUCUUGUAUGUAUGCGUGUAUAAAGGAGAAGCUAGAACCGAUGUUCGGGCAGUGACUCUUAAGACCUACUCGGCUGUUAUCGUUGUUGUUUUUCUGCACGAUAAAGUCUUUUGUCAAUUCUAGCUCCGGACCCCUCGUUUUAUUUUACUCUCUCUCUCUCUUGAAUUAGUCUAAGUGUUUAUAUCUCGAUUAAUCUACUACAUAAUUUGGCGUCACGACCAGGAGGAAAUAGGGACUCGCCAGCUGCCGGGCCAGAGGACGGGACGCGAACGGAUCAUACGACCAGAGCUCAAGGGUAAGUUGUCUUGCCAUAUAUAGGAUAGUCGUUUGAUCUGUUCUUGCCCCGUCUGAAACACUCAGCAGCAGGUAAAGUGUCUCUUUGAUCAAACAAACCAAAAUUAUAGAUAAAUGAGCGAGUGAGAGAUACGGGGGCUGCGGGAGAGAUUGACGUGCGCGCGCACAUAUGCCAUAACGCGUUCUGUGGUUCUAAAUGACCAAGACGCUUUGUGGCUCCCUAUUUUGAUACGAGUUGUUAUUUGGUGUUUUGGUAUUUUGUUUAAGUAGGCCUACUAUAAAGUCCUGUGGCUUUAUUCUAGAGGAACGAAUUAGUGAGAAAGUUCCAAUAGAAAAGUGCGUCCGCAGUUCGAAAGAGUGCGUAACUGUUGGAUUUAUGAGAUCUCGAUUGGAGUUGGGUCCGCAGGUCGAAAGUGUGCGUACCUGUUGGAUUUCUGAGAUCUUGAUUCGAGUUGGGUCCGCAGGUCGAAAGAGUGCCUACCUGUUGGAUUUCUGAGAUCUCGUUUGGAGUUGGGUUGAAAUUCAUUGCCGUCGAUGAAUUCAUUUCAUUUUAUUUGAGUUUCCUUGAAGUGCCGACUACUGUGUUUUAAGUUCGGGUUGAGUAGCUCAGAGUUGGGGUACUCGACUGUUCAUGUUUUAAUCAAAAGGCCAGUUUCUACACUCGGUCAACUUUUUCUUUGUAAUUAAUUACAAACAAUUCGGACAUUUUUCAAUAUAAUAUUAAAAUUGUAUGAAUCGGUUUAUUGUCUGUAUUUAAGUCGUGUUAGGAUUAAGUUACCUCGGAGAUUUUUACGACCCGGUUUAUUUUUUGUUGAUACUGUCAUAAAUAAAUUAGGCGGACAGAGAAUAGUUAAUUUGUUUGAAGUAAUUGAUAAUCAUAAAUAAAUUAGACGGAUAGAGAAUAGUUAAUUUGUUGAAGUACUGAAUAAAUGUGUAAAUCUUCUUUGACUUAAACAUCACCGCGCUGACUCUAACUGCACGUGCACGAGCAAUCUCACAGGGUACGAGCAGGAGCCUGCAGGCCGGGGUUAAAGAUAACAGUGAAAGGGGCCUCAUUCCUAUCUUCGGGAGGGAGACGAGCGCUGGGGGGGAGUUCACGUUUGUCGCUUAGAGAUAAUAAAGUAUUGAAACUAACUAGUAGAAUAAACUCAAAUAAAUUGUAUUAAUAAAUAGUGUAUUGCAGAAUAAAUAAAUAAAAUAAUAAAGUAAUAAUUAAAAAUGGCAACAACAGCGGUAGAAGUUUUGAGUAGAGACCGUCUAUUGCUCAAAGGAGAGAUGAUAAAGAUCUCUGAGAAAUGGGAAGAAAGGACAGAAGGAUCAGGCACUAUAUGGCCCAUGGAAGGGACUUUUGAUCCAAUAAUGUAUAGGGACAUGGAGGUAGUAAUAAGGAAUUACAUAGAUAACAGAAGUGGAAAAACGGCCUUAGCGAAGAAGGACAGGGAAAGGUUAGUGCUAGCUUUGUUCGAAGAGGAGGGAGAGAGGUGGCGCGCAUUACAACGAGUGGCCAGAAAAAGAAUCACAAAGGAAGAAGAGGCUCAACCUUUGCCUCUGAAGCUUGAGCCACCGCCGUACAAACCAACCAACAUGUAUCCACUGGUAACAGGCAACGUGGAAUCUAAAGGGGAAGUCACACUAGAUGAAGGAGAUAAUAAAUGUAGUGAGGGUGAAAACGAGAAUGAAGGAGAGGAGGAGGAUGACAUUGAGCAUGUUGGUGAAGGGUCAUCACAGCCAUGUGUAAAACACAUUACUAAGAAUGCUAAAAGGAAAUUAAAGAAGCGGAACAAAAGAAAGGAGGAGUGGUCUGGGACACAAGGGGCAGAGGAGCCUGGCUGCAGUACAGCAGUACUAAGCCCCACACCACUCGAGUUAGAUGAGAAACUAAGGAAAUCACAAAGGGGGAAAAGGGCACCCGAAACUUCCCCGGGAAAUUAUCCUAUUUUAGUCAAAGGACAACAGGUCCACUAUCAACCAUGGGGCUCACAGCACUUGGAGGGAGUCAUUUCUAAACUCCCUAACAUACAUAACGGGGCGUCUAAAUGGGUUAGAACAUUUGAGGAACUCACAGUGGGAAGGUUAAUGACAGUGGGGGACCUGAAAGCUCUGUUGGCAAGAGUAUUGGGGUUAUCUAAGAUGGAGUCUGUACUGAGGAAUGGAGGGUUGGAUAUACUGGAUGGAAAGUAUGAUGAGACUACACUUGAUCAUUACAGAGGGGCGAUGUGGGCCACACUCAGGAGGGAGUUCCCGGUCCGCAUGGAUCCUAAAAACAUGAGAGGUCUCCCUAUUGGUGACACAGAGAACCCUGCAUCCUACCUACAGGCCCAAGUAGACAGAUGGCGCAUGGAGACGGAUGAGGAUCCUGAGAUCCAUCCGGUGUUCUCUGUUUUGUUUAGAAACUCUGUGAUAGAGACGCUUCCCAGCCAAAUCAAAGCCAAGCUAGAGGAUGUGGUUGGACUGUAUACAUCAGGAUCUCAUAGAGAUUUUAAUGACCAUUUAGUUCAUGCAGUGGAUGAAUAUCGUCAGAAUAAACAAAGAAUACAGGAACAAAGCAAGGAGGUUCAGAGGAAGCUAUAUCAGCUUCAGCUGGAAGAUCUCACAAGGAAGGAAAGAGAUAAGAAGAGACAGGCAGGUGUUUUAGAAACAGCUGCUGUAAUAUCGCAAGCCGCCCAGCAGGGCGCACUUCAAAACCAAUAUCCACGAUUGGCAUUUUCUCUCCCAGUACAACAGCCUCAGAGCCAACUGUCACCUACUCCACCUGUUACACAUGUACACAUCCAUAAUUAUGGGAACCCCACAAAUAAAAAUAGACAGAAUCAGCAACAGGGGUCCCAAGGACAGAAUAGAAAUAAUCAACAGCAAGGAUUCCAAGGACAACGCAGAGGUCCUUUAAUAUGUUAUGGGUGCAACCAGGAAGGACAUAUGAAGAGAAAUUGUUUGACUAACCCUUUACCAUCCCAGCAAGGACAGGGUAACGGUUAUCAGGGAAGGCAGGAACAAGGAGGUAGCUACCAGGCAGGUCCCUUUAUGGGACAGGGAUACUAGGGGUGCCCAGAGAAUCCACAGGGGGAGGGUCAGCUUGUAGCAAUCACAAAACAAGCUGAUGAGGAACCGAUACUGCAGGUUCUGAUAAAUUAUAGAGGCAUGCCAAUGAUGGCCCACACUGGAGCCACUAACACUUGCGUAGGUCCAAAUUAUGUCUCUCACCUCCCCAUGGCAGGAAAGUUCACCAAAACUUUAGGAUUCUCGGAACACACGCAGUUAAUACCUAUGACAGCUCCAAGUCAUAGGUAUAGCUCCAUUCUUAUUUUAAGUUGUAUAUGUGAGUGAGUGAGUGAGUGAGUGAGUGAGUGAGUGAGUG